AUGGGCCGCCAAAGGGUUGACUACGUGAGAGACUUCGUAUCGUUACAACAGAGGACCCAUCUAACAGCACUGAAACUGAUGGUUAGGCGUGCGUUGCCCAGUCAGCAGUACCACCAAGAAGUGUUCCGAAAGUCGCGUGAAAUAGAGCGAAAGUUCGAGAAGUUGAAGAGUUCAGUGAAGGGCGACAUCAGCAAUUAUAACAUCAAAGUCCAUCGCAUAGUUGCGCGACUGAGACGGGUCAGGCACUCCAUUCGAGCGGCUACGUCGGCUCUGGUCAAUCUGCGCCGAUCUACUAUGGGCGGCGACGGCCGGCUCCUGAAGGAGCUUAAGGAAUCUAGUCGCAUGGAUGACCCGAAUAUGCGAUUGAUGUUGGUUGGAUCAAACGUCAACCAUUGGUAUGCAUACAUAAGGGGGCCGGAGAAGAGUCCUUAUGAGCCUCCGAUGGUCACGUUUGUGACGAAGUGUUUUCAUCCCAACAUAAACUUCGAAACAGGGGAGCUAUGCAUGGACGUCCUAAAAUCCAACUGGAGCCCAGCAUGGACUUUGCAAUACCUAUGCCGCGGCGUAUCGUAUAUCUUGGACGAUCCCAAUGCUGAUAGUCCUCUGAAUUGUGAUGCUGGAAACCUGAUAAGGUCCGGCGACAUAGUGGGUUUCAGGAGCAUGGCCGAGAUGUACACGUUGGACUACGCUCUUCAAAGCUUCCCAUAA